CCUACUCUACUCAAUGCUGUAGGUUAAUAAAUGUUCUCCAGCUUUUCAACGAGAUGUUCUAAAUAAGUUUUUAUCAGUUUGCAGUGUUUGUACUGUUCCAUGUCUGCCUUUAGCCGUCAAUAUCUCGUAUGAUUUUUUUAUUUAGAACAGAGAACUAAAAAUUUGUAUAAUGUGGCACGAAAUUCGUAAACAGGAAAGAAAGAUACGUUGUAUGAUAGUUGAUUAUAAAAGGAGAGCUGAAAGGAGAAGAGACUAUUAUGAAAAAAUUAAAGCUGAUCCAACACAAUUUCUUCAAAUUCAUGGUCGAUCAUGUAAAAUACAUCUUGAUCCUCAAGUUGCUGCUGCUGGGGAUAGCCCUGCAGUAAUGAUGAGUUGGCAAGGCGCUCAGGAUGUUAUGAUUGACAGAUUUGAUGUACGUGCUCAUUUAGACUAUAUACAAGAGUACAGAGGGUCAUCUGAAGAAAAACUUUCAUAUGAUGAAAGGCUUAUUAAUUAUGAACGAUAUCGAAUUCUAGUCCAAAAUGACUUCCUCGGAGUAUCAGAGGAAAAAUUCCUUCAUCAGAUUUAUUUGGAAGAGCAAUUUGGAGCCAUAAAAAGCGAACCACAGCCCAUUGAGGGUAAGAAGAAAAUUGCAGGAGCUGCUAUAGGCUAUAACUAUGAUGAACCUGCCGUGGAAGUGCCUCUGCAACAAGUACCUCCUCCUCCUCCUGAACCGGAUCCGGAUACUGCUGCUGAUGAUGAGGAAGAAGAUGAUAGUGACAUCGACUUUGAUAUGUGUGUUGAUGUGAAUAAGGUAUCUACCCAACAAGCACAUGAAUUGAAUAACUGUGGCCAUAUUUAUGGAAUGGAUGGAAAUGAUUUCUUUAGUUUCCUUACAAAGGAUAAAGAAGAAGCUGAUAAUUUGAGAAUCGCAAAAGAACUUGAAGAAGAAAAGGCCAUGUACUCAGGUCGAAAGUCAAGAAGGGAACGAAGAGCUUAUAGAGAUAAAAAGUUAGCUGGAAGGAAAAUAAGUCCACCAAGUUAUGCAUCAAGAAAAAGCCCUACUUACAGAGAUUACUGCGAUCUUUCAAGAUCAAGAUCAAAAAGUGCAUCACCUGUGAAUUCUGGAAAGAUAACUUACAUUACCAGUUUUAGUGGUGAAGAACCGGUUGCUGCUACUAGUCCUAAAAUUAUUCAGCAUAAACCAUACAAGAGUUCAAGUGAUGACCAUCGCUCAGUGAAGUAUAGAUCAAGGACACCUGACAACAGACGACAUAGGUAUCGUUCUAAGAGCAGAUCAAAAAGCAGAGAGAAAAGUCACAGAAGACGUUCUAGAUCAAGGAGCCGGAGUCAAUCUAAUUCUUCAAGAUCUAGAUAUCGCAGCUCUAGGAGAUCUAGAUCAGUCUCCAGGUCUUACAGCAAAUCUUCCAGUCAAAGAGAUCAGAAAUCAACCAGAUCCAAAAGUAAAUCUCCAUUGAGAGUUUCAAACAAAGUUGACAGCAAAUCACAACCUGUCUUUAAUCCUGCUGUGCCAGUUAAGCAACCUCCUGCUCCUAUAAUAUCCAGGUACUAUGGGAGGAGGGGGCAUUCCUCAUCUUCUGAGCUGUCCAUUUCUGAAGACGAUGAUGAAAAAAACACAGUAUCAUCUGAUAAACAACCCACUGUUCAAAAGAAACCAUGGACAGAUUUUGGUAAUUCGAGUGGCAGAAACAAAGUCAGUAAGAAUCAACACUUAAUUUCACACUAUAUUUUUUUGUUAAUUUUAUUUUGUGACUUCAAUAUUAAAUGUAUUGAACCUCACACUACAAAUAAAAGGUAGUACUGACUUUUUGUGAACAAUAAAAGCAAAAAAUGAAUAAAUUAGUUCUCAAUGAUAAAAUUAAAUUUAAUUGAAAUAUCCUGAGGGGUAUUAAUCUAUGAUAGGCAGUCAUCUACCUCUGAUACCCAGCCACUUAUAUUUUAUAUGAUAUAGUUCUUUUCUAUUUCUUCCCACUAUUUCACUGAGGCAAUAUUGUGGAAUCUUCAUUAUGCGGGGUAAAGAUUGAAAAUCGCUCCAUGGAUAAUUUAAAAUCCUGGAUAAUUGAAUUUUUUAUUUAAUUUAACAGUUAAAUAGAAAAAAUCCGCAUCUGUCAAUAGCGAAUUUAUUUGAUGGCACAUAUUGACAGCCACAUUGCAUAAGUCUGUUAGAACAAUUUCUAUGAAAAAGGAGAAUAUGAGCUUUUCUGAUCAAUCUUGUCCUGGUGCAUAUUCUGAUCCCAAAAAAUGAAAUCUUCGAUGUUUCAUUUCUUCUCUGUGGCAUUUUGUAAAAACCAGCAAAUUGUGAUGUAAAAAAGUGUAAGUUACAGUGAAGAUUAUGGAGAUUGUGUCGUUACCCAAAAAACGUUAUGAAAUGCUCAAUGAAAGUGGUCAUGUAAAUACCGAAUGUAUAAACCAUCUUGCCCAUUGACUUACAGUAUCAGUUAGCUUUAUUAAUAGGCUAAAAUUAGUUUUCUCAUGUGCUUUGAAUUAUUUUUUUAAGAAUAGUGGGCACUUCCAGCCCGGCGCCUCUGGGCAAAUGCUGUCUGAGGCCGGCACUGUUUACUAUGGAACUAGACGAAGCAAAGAAGAGAGGGGUAAGUGGGUAUAUAAUAUUAAAGGGGCUUCAAAACUAUUGAAAUCUCCUGAACACUGCAAAAUGAGCUUGACUGGAAAAAAGCUACAAUUCUGCCGAAUCUCAACUAGUUAGAGUUAGAGAAUUGCUUUCAUGAAUUAGAAAAUUUAAUACGGGGUGAAAAAAUAACUCUAGUUUCAUCUUUUCAAAGCAAUGAAUCUUCGAUAUUGUAAGUAAGAAGCUCAGAAACGAAGUGAUCUACACAUCAGCAAAUUACAUAGAAUUUAACAAGCAUUCGUGAAUCAAAUCAUAUCCAUAUGAAGUUGAGUACGUUAAAAACAAAUCUUUCAUAGACUACUACAAAAUGGGGCACAUGCACUCCGUUCGAUCUGUCCCUACAGUAAAAACUAAAGAUUUUAGCAGUCGCCCACAAGUCUUUUAAUCUUUGUUCCUUCAAAAGGCUGAGGCUUUGUUAGCUUCUUAAUAGCAACUAAUUUCAAAUUGUGUGAUCUGGAUUUAUUAGAACAAGUCACGAUGGUAAAUCCUUCUUUACGGAAUUUAUUAAAAAAAUUCUU